AUGCGGAUACGGACGAUGAGAUGCUCCGUCAAUCAGGUGAGCAGGCCGACCUCACUUUGGCGAUGCGCCAGCUCGUGCGCCACAGCCGUCACCUGGUACGUUUGAGAAGCGAGGCCGCGAGGCGAGUCGGGAUGACCACACUCUCCGCAAGCAGCGACGAGUAAGCGUGAGACGUCAACAAGGCCUGCCUUGAGUUCGAUCUAGAGUCGAUUUGCUUUGCACGAAUGACGCAGAUCGUCCACGCGAUCAAGCCUUGUGAUGGCGAGAACAAGCGUAGCCUGCAGGACGGAUAGAGCUUGUCUCGAAAACAAAUGCUGCGGUCCACGCCUACGCACUUGCGAGGUACAGCGGUGAAGCAAAAUUGGCGCACCUGUUUUCCCCUUCGUGAUUCGAUGAUGGCGAGUCGUGACCGAGAUGCGCCCACAGAGAAGAGGUUCCGGUGAGACUGUUGUGUGGAUCGGUCUAGCUGAGAGUUGCUGAUGAACGAAAGCGCAGCCAGAUGCGGUGAGGGCAAGCCUGCCUUCCGAGGAACAACUCAGGCAGAACCACUUGACUGGACGGCGAAGACUUGUCCUUUGAACUUGCCAAGGCAGAUCGUGAGGGUUGGGACAGCAAAGGGAACGUGGGGCUCGGUCGGAGACUCGUGACCGGUGCUCGCUCAGCACCCUGGCUGAGACGCAGGCGGAGAAGUGAGGCCGGAGAUCUUUCGCUGCUUAGUGGAUGCGAGAUAAACAAUUGCGACGAAGCAGGGCUCAGCUUGAGGGUAAGUCGUGAUGACUGCCGCGUUGGGAUUGGGUGUGCGAGUGGAGCAGUCUGAGCCUAACGGCGCGGCGUCAAACGUCUUGCGUGUGAGGCGGAGUCGGAGUGCGAAGUUGCUGACGAGCGUGUGGAAGACCUGGAUGAAGACCAGCAGCUUGGUAUUGGGAGCGGGAAAGAGGGCAAAGGAGCAACACAAACAAAAGAGGCAAAGGGCGACGGGUCGGAAGGAGGCAGCGGAGCAGGAAUUGAAUUUUGAAUGAUAGAGGGGUCG